GAAGGGCACAUGCUGUAACAGCGCCAAAGGCAAGAGACCAACCACAAAAGUAGAACGUGCCAGAAAGAGAGAUACCUAGAGCACUGCGACUGCGACGCCGCCGCCGCCGGAGCAAUCCAUCGAAUUACAUUACCCGAGACAUCACCUUAUCCCAGAUGAGGAAAGAGAGCCAGGCGUCCGCCAUGGAAAUCGACGAUCCAAAGCCCAAAAAUUCCGAUCAGAUCUCCCCUAAAUUCUCCAUUAACGUGCUGCAGCUCUUGAAAUCUGCUCAGAUGCAGCACGGAUUGCGCCACGGAGAUUACACUCGUUAUCGGAGGUAUUGCACUGCAAGGUUGAGGAGGUUGUAUAAGUCGUUGAAGUUCACUCAUGGCCGUGGUAAAUACAACCGCCGGGCCAUUACUGAAUCUACUGUCACUGAAGUGAGGUAUCUUCAUGUGGUUCUUUAUACGGCAGAGAGAGCGUGGAGUCAUGCCAUGGAAAAGAGACAGGUUCUGGAUGGUCCAAAUGCUCGUCAGCGAAUCUAUCUAAUUGGUAGGCUGAGGAAGGCAGUAAAAUGGGCUACACUUUUUGCACAGUUGUGUGCAAUCAAGGGAGAUUCCAGGACUUCUUUAGAAGCCGAGGCUUAUGCCUCCUUUAUGAAAGGGAGCUUGUUGUUUGAGCAAGAUCAAAAUUGGGACACCGCAUUGAUGAAUUUCAAAAGUGCCAGGGCUGUUUAUGAGGAACUUGCUAAAUAUGGAGACCUGGAGAAUCAAGUUUUGUGCCGUGAGCGUGUUGAGGAAUUAGAACCUAGUAUUCGAUACUGCCUACACAAGGUUGGAGAGUCAAAUCUACAAGCCUCUGAACUUCUACAGAUUGGUGAGAUGGAAGGACCUGCGCUGGACCUCUUCAAGGCUAAAUUGGAGGCUGUUAUGGCCGAGGCAAGAUCUCAACAGGCUGCCUCCAUGACAGAGUUUCAUUGGCUUGGUCAUAGAUUUCCAAUAUCAAAUCCAAAAACUCGAGUUUCCAUUUUAAAAGCUCAAGAAUUGGAGAAAGAUUUGCUUGGUUCAUCAACUAAUUCACUCCCACCAGAGAAAAAACUAGGCAUUUUUGACAAAAUUUUUACUGCAUACCAUGAGGCAAGGGGUUGCAUUCGCAGUGACUUGGCCAGUGCAGGUAAUUCUGAAAAUGUGAAGGAUGACCUGAAUGGCCUUGAUAAAGCUGUUAGUGCUGUAUUGGGAGAGCGAACCAUUGAGCGCAACCAAAUGUUGGUUACCAUUGCGAAGAGUAAACUUACCAAAAGACGUGAUGACAAAAACGAGAAAGCUACUAAGCCUGAAGAGCUUGUUCGGUUGUAUGAUCUACUAUUACAAAAUACAUCUGAUCUAUCAGAUUUAGUCAGCUCGGGAAGAGACAGAAAACCAGAAGAAGUGGCUUUUGCUGACGAAUGUGAACUAAAAAGUUUAGCCUUCCGGGCAGAGAGGUGUUUCUUUCUGGGCAAAUCAUACAGCUUGGCCGGUAAGAGGGUAGAAGCUUAUGUGUUGUACUGCCAUGCUCGCUCCCUUGCAGAGAAUGCCCUACAGAAAUUCCAGUCUGUGAAUAAUGGUGAUGAGGCGGUCAUCAAGGAGUUGAAGACAUUGUGUGAUGAGUGCAGAUCCAACAGUUGCAUCGAACAUGCCAUGGGGAUCAUGGAAGAGCUUAAGGCUCCUGAAAACCUUUCAAAAAAGAUAUCUAGUAUCAACUUAAGUGGCGUUGACAAGAAGGUGGAAUUCCUCCUUGAGAAACUCAACGUCUACGAGUCUGCAGUUGGCGAUGCAAAUGUGAAAAGUGCUCCGCGUAUUGAAGCCUUCCCUCCCUUUCAAUCAAUUCCUCGCAACCCCAUUGUGCUCGACCUUGCCUACAAUCACAUCGACUUCCCGUCACUUCAACAUAGGAUGAGGAAAGACAAAAGCGGCGGCUUCCUUAAAAGGUUUUGGGGAUGAGUUCUCAGAGUUUUUUUCUAUACGAUAGGUUCACUACAUACUCGGAAGAAUUUGACGAUUUCUGUUAAUUGUACUGUCCUCGGCUGCCUUAGAGACACAAGUUUUUAAAUUAGCAAACAGGGAAUAUGGAUAUGCAACUUCUACUUUUGUUGUCGAAUGAUGGAAAAAUUAUAUAAGCACAACAUGAAAUUUUUAGAGGGGAAA